AUGAUGAAAGCACAAUCUUGGAUGGCCUUGAAUAAGAAGGCCAUGUUGCAACACUUGGCACAAUCAUCAUCCCUCUCUUCUGCAACCAUAAUAUCACCAACCUUGAUGAUAAAGAAUAUAUUUUAUUCUGGAUUUUUGAAUACGGUAAAGACUCAUCCCGAAUAUGAACAAGUUGUGGUGGGGUCCCAACAUCGGACCAUGAUGGCCCAUUAUCAUCACAAGGCAUCUACACACAUGAUGCGGGAAACAACAACUACUACUACAUCCUCUAACAGCACUGAUGAGUUAAGUGAAUCUCUCAAGUCAUCAGCAACGAACAAUGAAACGGAAACAACAACACCACAGCAAGAACAACCCGUAGGAAUAUUUGUUGAUGAUUUUCUCAUUGAAGAAGUUGAGAAAGCGGUAGAGCCUCUCAAACAAUCCAUCUAUGAUUCACUUCCAUCCCACAAAAAGACUUCUUUCAAGGUGAAUAGGAAUGCGCUGAAUGAUGUCAUCCGAUUUGUGAAAGAAGCAUCCUCUUCAGAAGAACAACCAGACACAACGCACAAAACCUUCAAAGAAUUUUCAGAAUUUGCACUAGGCAAUAGAAGAGUUACAGAAGAGCACAUUCUAGAGCAUUUGAAAGUAAUGAAAACAAAAUAUAACCAUUUAGCUGCUUCCUCAAUUUUUGCAGUAUUACUCAAAUUCUAUGAAGAACGAGGUGCCGUAGAGGAAAGUAUUUCUAUUUACGAGAAUAAUCUUGCUGGAACUCCACUCAAUGAUCAUCUUGCAAAUACUGUCAUGAGCAUUUAUGCUCGAUGCAAAAAUGUGGAAAAGGUCGAAGAAUUAUUCAAGACUGUUUCACACCCAAAUGGUCGUCAUUAUACUACACUUGUGUAUGCCUAUGUCAAUGCUGGUAUGAUGGAGAAGGCUCAUGAACUCACUCUAAGCUUAAAAGAUUCCAAAUAUUUAAAUGCCGACGUGUUUGCUCCAAUCCUCAGUCAUCAUUGCAAGAGUGGAAAUUUCGACUUGGCAUUACGAUUCUUCCAUGAAAUGCCAGAAAUGGGUAUCAAGAGAAUGACAUCAACGUAUAGUAUUUUGAUGGUAGCAGCAUGCGAACAUGAUCGAAAUGAUUUAAUUUCCUUCUUAUUCAGCCACAUGAGAAAGGAAAAGGUCAAGCCAUCUGUUUCAAUCUAUACUCUCUUAUUUGGAUAUUACUUUGCCAAGGAACAAUUGGACAAGGUUUAUCAUUAUUACAUUGAACUGUUAAAGGAUGGCUAUGAAGUUCCAGUUGCUUGCUAUCGACCAUUAUUGAUUACUAUGGGUGAGUCAAAGAAACUCAAUGAAAUUAAGAAUUUAGAAAAGCUCAUUAUGGACAAGACUGGAGGUACUGCAAAUGCAUACAGUAUUAUUUAUGCCUAUGUUGUUUGUGGUCAUCUCAAUGAAGCAGAACGUGUCUUUUUCAAGUUUCGUGACAAGAUUCAAGAUCUUAAUUUGCGGGAACGUCUCUACAAUACUAUGCUUUUUGGUUAUUUGCGAUAUUGCCAGGAUUACAAGGCAUUUUCUCUGUUAGAAUCAUUCCCAUUUCCCCCAACAGCUAGAACCAUUGAGAUUUUAUACAAGGAAGGUUCUAAAGAAAUUCCACACGAUAUAUUCAACUCGCAGUAUAAAUUCGCUGCUCCAAGUGCAAAGAAAUAUUAA